AUGCUCAAUAGACUAUUUGGCCGGGGCAAGAGCAAGAAGGAUAAAGAUAAGGAUAAGGAUAAAUCAAAGGAAAAGGAAAAGAGGGAUGGCGAAAGCUCCAAUACAAAGAGUGGAAACAGUCACAAGAGUGGCAGCGAGCGUAAGGAUGAAAAUACCACCGAAAAGGUGACAAAGGAGGACUUUGAAACAAUUGACACAUUAGGAAAGGGAUCCUUCGCAUAUGUAGUUCUUGUGCGCCGUGUGGGGACAAACAACUUAUAUGCUAUGAAGGUGGUAAAUAAACAGGGGCUUCUCGAUCACAAUCGAUGCCGCGAUGUCUUUAUCGAACGUAAUGUGCUCUCCCGUAUUAAUCAUCCCUUCCUCUUAAAGCUCUACUGGACUUUUCAGUCCGAGCACAAACUCUUCUUUGUGAUGGAGUACAUGGCGGGAGGUGACCUUGACAAAUAUAUGAAUUCAGUUCCUAACAAGCAGCUUGACUUACCCACAUCCAAGUUGUAUGGGGCUGAGAUCCUAAUGGCAAUUCUCACAUUGCACGAACAGAGCGUCAUUUAUCGUGAUUUGAAACCGGAGAACAUAUUGUUAACUGGAGAUGGACACUGCGUUUUGGCGGAUUUUGGUCUAUCAAAAGACUUUUAUGAUGCCAAAAUGGGUGAGAAUGCAUCGGUAACGGACAUGCGGGCGAACUCAUUUGUUGGUUCACCAUUUUAUGUCGCACCUGAUGUUCUGAAGCAACGUGAGUACACGAACGCCGUGGACUUUUGGUCCUUUGGAAUUCUGUUAUACCGCAUGUUAUGUGGCCGCACGCCAUUUAGUGGGAAGAAUAUGAAAGAAGUGUUCGACAACAUUCUCUAUUCGGAUCUCCGCUUCCCAAGCACUGUUUCAAUUCCGUCUGAGGCGAAAGAUUUGAUAAGUCGGCUGCUGGUGAAAGAUGCAGCCCAUCGCAUUAAGGGACCAGAAGUAAAAGCUCACCCAUUCUGGACAGGCAUUAACUUCGAUGAAGUGAUGCAAAAGAAGGUGAAACCACCGAGGUGGGUACCCGCUCCAUCAGUAGAUAAGUUAAUAGCGGAACGCUCAGCUGCACAAAGUGGAAACAACUCAUCAAAGAAUCCCGCACAGGUUGUUAACACACCAGCACAUUCGAGUCAAUUAAAUGCUCGGCAGCAGCAACUCUUUAACGGGUUUUCAUGUACUACUGAUAAUCAUCUGGGUGGUGGUAGUUAG